UAUUAAUGUUGACAUUCAAGAGCAUGCUCAUAUGGCGUUAAAGUAUGGAAAAGCUAAAUCAAAUGAAUGCUUCUCGGUGAUUACUAUUUCUUUCAAUAAAAUGGAAGUAAUAAAGUACAGCUACUCACCGAAAUAUGAGAGUGUUUCGUUAUUUUCGUAUGUUGGAGGAUACCUGGGUCUUUGGUUAGGAAUUUCAUUAGUUGCCAUCUGUGAUGUGAUAGAAACUGCUGUGCUAAUAAUCGAAUGGUCGGUCUUGACGAUUCGGAAAUGCCGGAAAAGGAAACUGGAAACAAAGCCACAAAUAAAGUUGAUGCGAAAUUCAGGUAGAGCGUGGCUGCUCUGAAUUCGUAAUUCCGUAAAAAUGAUAUUGAUAUGAACAGUUUAAUAACAUUAGUAAGGAGAAAAAGCUUUUACUUCUACAAAAAUUGCCUUGAAUUGUAAUUUCAAGAUAAAAUAGUAACCCUAACAGAGAGAAAAGUUACAGACUUAUUUUUCUAGAACAGUAUAAAAAACGUUAUUUUUCAAAUCUGUGUGCACAAUAUAAAUUAAACUCUGACUACAGGGAUAUUUAAUUUGACACAAUAAACAGUUUAGCAUUUUUAUAUAAUGAAUCCACUUUUCACUCCUGCAUUUAAUAUAUUAUUAACAAGCAAAGGAUUCACUUCCUUUUGUUUCCUACAUCUGUAUAAUUAUAAUCAUGCAAUUGAUGUAAUGUAAUAUAAUGUAAAAAGAUCUGAUAUUUAAGUAAAAAUGAAAUUCUAAUAUUCAUGAGAAACUGUGAUUUUAUUGUGAUAUAAGUUUCUUUGAGCACAGGAACCUGUAGUGUGCACUGAAUUCUCACUUUGCUAUACCAAGCCAGACUGCUGUAUAUCGUCAGCAUAAUAACAAAGACUGUAGGGUCAUUAGGUUAUUUUGAAGCAAGAGACAAGAAAAAUGAACAACGCCUUCGCCCUGGACAGGGACUCGGACCUGGACCUGUUGAAUACUCGGCGAGUGUGAUACCGUUACACCACAAAGGCAUGCUGGAAGGAGACAGAAAAUACUUUGCAUACUCCCCUUUUUAAAGGGCGACUGAUUAGGGGACC